UCUUUUUUAUGCAGAAAAACAAGACCCAAAAUCACUAUGCCUAUUCUUUUCCAGAUUUUCUUGUGUUCAGUGACAGGGGCGACGGUGAACCAAAUUUUUUAUUUCGUCGGACUGAACUAUACUACUGCAACGGUUGCAUGUGCAUUGAACAAUGUACUCCCGGCAGCCACCUUUGUCCUCGCUGCUAUUUUCAGACAAGAAGCCGUGGGAAUAAAGAAGGCAUCAGGGGUGGCCAAGGUAUUAGGUACACUAAUAUGUGUAGGUGGAGCCAUGCUGCUUUCUUUUUACCACGGACACAUCGUCGGUAUAGGCGAAUCAAAGGUCCACUGGAACUAUGCCGAUAAAAUGUCGAGCAACGACAGCUCCGGCACUAUUGGAUCGAACUCGUUCCUCGGUCCUUUCCUCGUCAUGGCCAGCGCUAUCGCUUGGGCCGUAUGGUUUAUACUCCAGGGACAAACAAGCAAGAACUUCCCAGCUCCGUACACAUGCACCACUAUAAUGUGCUUCAUGGCCAGCAUCGAGUGUACAAUCAUUGGCAUAUUUUCGGAACACAAACCAUCAGCUUGGUCAUUGAGCUCCCCCAUGAGGCUUAUAGCAGCUCUUUACGCGGGAAUCAUAUGCAAUGCGGUAGCGUUUUGUGUCAUGUCAUGGUGCAUACAGAUAAGGGGUCCUCUCUAUGUAUCGGUGUUCAGCCCUUUGUUGCUUGUCAUCGUGGCUAUUCUGAGCUGGGUCCUGCUUCGUGAGAAAUUAUACGUUGGGACUGUUAUAGGGUCACUCUUGAUCGUCGGUGGACUGUACGCUGUCCUGUGGGGAAAAGAUAAAGAGAUGAAACACAUGAACGCCGGUGAAAAAGGAGGAGAAGGGAAGGUUGAAGUCACAAAAGCUGUUGGCGUAGACAAUGACCUGGAGCUGCAGUUGCAGCCGCCGCUGAAAGGAAGCCAGCUCGGUGGUUGA